GAGAUUAAAGCUGCUUCCCGAGGCUCACCCCAGCCCAUGUCCCCCUCCGACUUCCUGGACAAGCUCAUGGGACGAACCUCAGGGUAUGACGCCCGCAUUCGACCCAACUUCAAAGGUCCCCCCGUCAACGUGACGUGCAACAUCUUCAUCAACAGCUUUGGCUCCGUCACCGAGACCACCAUGGACUACCGGGUGAACGUGUUCCUGCGGCAGCAGUGGAACGACCCCCGCCUGGCGUACCGGGAGUACCCCGACGACUCCCUCGACCUCGACCCCUCCAUGCUCGACUCCAUCUGGAAGCCAGACUUGUUCUUUGCCAACGAGAAAGGGGCCAAUUUCCACGAGGUCACCACCGACAACAAGCUCCUGCGCAUCUUCAAGAAUGGCAACGUGCUCUACAGCAUCAGGCUGACACUGAUCCUGUCCUGCCCCAUGGACCUCAAGAACUUCCCCAUGGAUAUCCAGACAUGCACCAUGCAGCUGGAGAGUUUUGGCUACACUAUGAACGACCUCAUCUUCGAGUGGCUGGAGGAGCAGGAGGCCGUGCAGGUGGCAGAGGGCUUGACACUCCCACAGUUCAUCCUCAGGGACGAGAAGGACCUGGGCUAUUGCACCAAGUACUACAACACAGGCAAGUUCACCUGCAUCGAGGUGAAGUUCCACCUGGAGAGGCAGAUGGGUUACUACCUGAUCCAGAUGUACAUCCCCAGCCUCCUCAUUGUCAUCCUCUCCUGGGUCUCCUUCUGGAUCAACAUGGACGCGGCGCCAGCCCGGGUGGGCUUGGGCAUCACCACGGUGCUCACCAUGACCACGCAGAGCGCCGGCUCCCGUGCCUCCCUGCCCAAGGUGUCCUACGUGAAGGCCAUUGACAUCUGGAUGGCCGUGUGCCUGCUCUUCGUCUUCGCCGCCCUGCUGGAGUACGCGGCCGUCAACUUUGUCUCCCGCCAGCACAAGGAGUUCAUGCGCCUGCGCCGCCGCCAGCGACGGCAGAGGAUGGAGGAAGAGCUCAGCCGCGAGAGCCGCUUCUACCUGCGGGGCUACGGGCUGGGCCAGUGCCUGCAGCCCCAGGAGGGGGCUGCGGAGGGUCCUGGUGUGUACAGCCCCGCGGCAGCCGCGCUGCGGGAAGGGGAGAGCCUCCGCCGGCGCUACCUCGACCGCGCCAAGCGCAUCGACACCAUCUCCAGAGCCGUCUUCCCCUUCACCUUCCUGCUCUUCAAUAUCUUCUACUGGGUCGUUUAUAAAGUGCUGCGCUCAGAGGACAUCCACCUGGUGCCCUGAGGCUGGGGAAGUAGGACUGCCUCUUGGUGUGACCCCCACGGCGUGCCCCGGGUGCCACAGGCUCAGCCAGAACUGCAUUUCCCUCUGCCCCGGAGCGGUGGCACAGCUGGGCUGGGCCUCAGAGCCUGGACAUGUGGCAGCCCCCAUGCCCCACUGGAUUCUGUGGCACAAAAUGGGGGGAUCAACAAUCACAGGUCCCCACGGUCAGCUGGAGAGAGGGACCCCUCCUUCUUCCUGCAUGGUGUCACCCCCAGGUAC